AAGUCAARMGAUAAGGAAAUCAAGUCAAUUGUCAGCUCUUUAGUUAAUGAACUGAUCAUUAAAGUUGAUAUCAAUAGCCAGUCAAUGAUGUCGGAGGACACGGAAGAGUUGGACGCUUCUUAUUAUUCAAUGGAUCAGUCAAUGCGUUCGCCUGAAUAUUACGAUGUCAUGGAUCAGACACUGACUGCCAACCCAUYAAUUGCUGAUUUUUCAAUCAUUCAUUCGGUGCCAAACAAUGAUGAGUCUAAUCUGUGUCAAAGUAAAGACCAAAAUGAGAAGGAUUCAUCAAAACAGCGACCAAAAGACUCGCCAAAGACAAGCACUUCAAGUCUUUAUGAUUGGCAUUACUCGCCGUCAAAAUUCAAUGAUAGUUAUGAUUCGUCACAAUUUGAUUAUUAUAAGAGUAUUGCCUCUAAGUAUGACAAUCUCUUGGAUCCAUUGAAUGCCAAAAAAGAUACAAAUCUUAAAUCAAAGACGAGCUUCAAAAGUCGCGAUUCACUCGUCCGUAAAUUUGAUCCAUUAAUGGAUAUCAACAACAAGUCAUUUAGCGAAAGUCCAAGAGAUUUGAGAAAUAGUCCGUUUGGUCUCAGAAGUGAACUCAGAAGUGAAAUCAGAAGUGAAAUCAAAAGUGAUAAUAGAAAUGAUAUCAUAAAUGAUAUUAGAAAUGAUUGUUCGGAUUUAACGAAUAUAUUUCAAAGGAUCAGACUGUCCGACAGUCCCAAAGUAAUCGCCAAAACACCUAUUAAUAGCCCAAAACCUGAUAUACUUUCAUUUGAUUUACACGAAACAAACGAAUAUAAAAAUCAAAUCAAAGAAUUGGAAAAUAAAUUAAAGAAAAUGGARAAUAAAAAUCUUAACGCCGAACAAGAGUUACUACAAAUUAGAAAUCAACUGAUAAUCACUGAAGAAGAACUUGAAUCCACAAAACAACUAUUGGGUGAUCAAUCGCAACAACUCUCAACAGCCAAACAAGAAUAUAUAUCAGUCGGUCAAGAGUUGGUUUUGACUAAACAAGAGCUGAUGGCAACCAAAGAAGAACUUUCAUCCACUAAACUAGAGAUGAGUUCAUUAAAACAAAAAUUGGAGAAAACAGAUACCGAUUUAUUAGCAUUGAAGACAAAUAAGUUAUCAGAUAAUGAAUUAUCAAAAGAAAAAAUGUCAGUUUUGGAGGAAAAKAAGAUUUUAUUGCAACAAGAGUUGAGUCAAUCUAAACAAGAGAACGUUCGUCUGUUGGCACUCGUCUCACAAUUACAUGAUAUCAAUCAAAAUCUAUACAAAGAAGCGGCCGAAACAUGUGAUACUUUAGAGAUAGAGAAGCAAAAACUGAAAGAAACUUUAAGGACAACAAUGGAUGAAAUGAUGGCACUUAAGAAAAAUCAAUUUGAACUGAUUAAAGAUCACCAAAAAAUAAACAAYGAAUUCAUAGAAUCUCAAGAAACUGUCCAAACAUUGAAAACUCAAAAUAAUUUGAUUAGUAAACAACUUUCAGAUUUAGAGACUCAAUGUCGCCAUUACUACAACAAGUGUCAGACUUUUGAUAGUCAGCAAUGUUCUUUAGAAGAUUUCAAUAAAAUGAAGAAUGAGUUGAUGUCAAUGAAAAUGCAGUCAAAAAAAAGUGAAAUGAAGAUCAACUCAUUUGAGAAAUUGUUGGAUCAAAAGUCGACUGAAAACAAACAAUUGUCUGAAAUGGUUGACGAACUCAUUUCCAAAGUCGGUCAUUAAUUGUUGAUUUUAUUGCAAUUUAUUUUUAUAAACAAAUUUUAUACUUAAGAAUCAAAUG